UGUAGUUUUGUAGUUCCUCUCGUUGCUUCUUGUCUCUGCAGUGACCAGGCUGAGCAUGGCGGCUGCAACAACAACCGAGCAGACCUCUGAGAGUCGGUCAGCGCCUGUGCCCUUUGACUUCUCCCAGCCGCCGGUCAUCGAGGGCUUCAACCCUCUGCCCAAGGUCAAAGAUGAAACCUUUAAAGACAAGUUCAUCCGAAAAACCAAGGAGAACCCGUUCGUCCCGAUAGGUUGUUUGGGAACAGCAGGAGCUCUGAUGUACGGUCUCCGUUCCUUCCACCAAGGGAAAACCAGACAAUCCCAGCUGUCGAUGAGGGCACGUAUCUUUGCUCAGGGCUUCACUGUCGUUGCCAUUAUUUUUGGAGUCGUUGUCACAGCGGUGAAACGCAAGGAAUGAAGAUGGACCGAUCCCAUAACUGCAUCAGAUCAGAUCCAACGUGGAGUUUGUCUCAUCGAACUGAAUAAUGUGUGACGUCUCCAGCAUUGUUCAGAUAACCGUGCUUAAGGCCAACACUAUUUAUUAUUGUGUGAAAACUGAUUUGCUCAUGGUGAUAUAAUAUUUCACAACAACGUAGAAUGUAGAGAAAGUAAUCAAGCUGGAUUUUAAAGUGUUGAUAAAUGCAUGCAUAUAUAUAUAUAUGUAUAUGCAGCUCAUUCUUCUGGAAGGUUAUACUGUGACUAAAACGAUUUGCAUCACACACUGGUGAAUAUUGAGAUAAAGCAUCACACUCAAAACUGUAUUCGGCCAGCUACUUUUUCUACAACCCUUUAUUUAACAGGUCCAAAUCAUCAUGUACAGUUUUUUUUUUAAAUUAAUGUACUGGG